AUGGCAACGGCGAAAGUCACUCGACUUUAUUCAGAUGAUAAAGGAGAAUCACAUUUUGAUGAAGUUACCGCACCGUUAAACGAUCAAGGUGUAAUUGGAUUUAUUUCAGAAGCGAUUGGCUCUACAAAUAUAUUUUUUCGAUAUACUCCAGGUGAUUACAAUUUUGAUUUACAUAAUGCACCAAGAAGACAGUUUAUCAUUAAUCUGGAUGCGAGUGUAAAAGUUACAGUUAGUGAUGGAGAAUCACGAAUACUUCCACCCGGUUCAAUCUUGUUCGUCGAAGAUACUAAUGGAAAAGGACACAUAUCUCAAGCUGUAGAUUCAAAGCCGAGAAACUCCAUAUUUAUUGCAGUACCUGAUAAUGUCAUCUGUCAAGAUGGAAUCAUCAUAACACAACUAAAGCGUGAAACAUAA